CAGGGCAUAGGCUGCAUGCAUUGCUCGACAUGUGGAGCCGUGUAAAGCUCCUUUCCACAUCCCUUGGGCAAAAUGCACAUGCCAGAGCCACGCUUCCACGACACCACAGUUACACCUGGUUGCCUGCAUCCGCUAUAUAGAGGCCGGGGGACCCGACUGCACCAGCUCACAUCCCGUCCGUUACCGCGGGCUGAACACUCCGUCCUUGAGACUUACUGAAACGAUGCGCACGCACGCCUUCCUCUUCCUCGCGGCGGCAGUCCCGGUUGUCGCAUAUCUCGACUGCGCGGCCUGCGGUGGCAACAUCUUCAAAGACAACCGCGAGAUCUGGACUGGGUACCUGCUGCAGGUGGCCGGGCAGCUCGGCAUCAAUAUCCGGACCCCGUACUGCAACGGGUCAGACAUCUACGAAACCAUCGUCAACGAGGGAGGCGGCAUGUGUGUCAAUUUUCCGGGAAAGAUAGAUCUGCCUGCGCCUGCAUAUGCGUGCUUCGAUGCGUCGACGGUGAAGCCGCCGCAGAAUGCGACGUCGACAUGUACAAAUCAUGCAGCGGCUACUGAGUACCGGUAGCGCUGAGAGGAGGGGACCGGCUGUCCGAUUGAUGCGUGCGAGAAGCCGUGGCGAUGAGGUCGAGAAGUGAGUUCUGCGUUGGAGUAGCCUGUGCUGUCGGCUUCGACCGA